CAAUAAAAAAUGACUUUGAGCAGUGAAACAUAAUAUGCAUGUCAUGGAAAUAUAGGUGAAAAGGUCUGGUUAUGCAUGAUGGAUGUGCAUGACAGCUCAUUUUCAUUUUCAACAAUUUCCAUAAAUAAAUAUGAUUUAAACUUUUUUUAUUAUUUAUAAAAUUCGCCUAAAAGAGAGAUAGUGUUAGAGGGAGAUAAAUCAGAGCCGUAGAUUUGGGAGAAGGCAGAGUGCGUUAUUUUGGUUCUCUGGUGGAGGCUCUUGUUGCGCUUUCGAAGAGUAAGGGAGAGUGACUAGUGGAUUUAUGUCGGCUGAGUUUGAUUUGGCUUUGAUUGGGGCUCAGUUGCAGCUCUGGCUUUCAUCUUCUACAAUUGUUUUUUCUCACUUGUCCACCACUGCUUUGUUGGCUGUUUCUUGUAUGAUUCUCUGCUACUCCAGGCAGCGACUGUGUCUUACGUUCCUUACUGUUUCGAUGCGUUUGAGACCCCAAAGGACUUGUUCUGGAGUAGAUUUUUUUGGGGGUUUUUACAUAAAACAACGACUUUUCUAUUUCUUCUUGUUUCUAAUAGGGGCUCAUACUUGAUGUUGCUUUGAUGGUCUAAGAUUUUGUUUUCUUUUUUGUCCCUUGAUUUUGUUUACAUCUUUGUCCACAACUUUCCGGGUAGUUUAGAGGGGAUUUUGGCGAGUUUUAACCAGUUUUGCUGCCAAAAAUGCCAGAGCCUCGAAAACAAUCCAUGAAUCUCAAUAAAUCCUGCACAAAGUCCAAGAAAAUCCAACCAAUCUUGAGUGAAGAAGAAACCCAAAUGACUAGAAAAGUUCGUGUUAUCCUUCAUGAUCCUUAUGCUACUGAUUCAUCUUCAAGUGAAGAUGAAUCUGAGAGAACUGUUGCUAGAAAGGCCCCAAGGGGCAAGCGUGUUGUUCGUGAAAUUAAAGUUCCUGUUUUUGGUUUGGCUCCUAAGUCAAACCCUCUUGAAUCUGAGACAUCUUCUCAAGACAGUAACUCUAAAACCCCUUCUCGUAGGAAAAACGUUUUGAGGAAAACCCUUGAAGGCAAUGAUCUGGUGGCUAAGGCCAAAAAACCUGUUGGUGUUCGUCGACGGAAAUGGGGCAAAUGGGCUGCUGAAAUCAGGCACCCACUGAAGAAAACCAGGAUUUGGUUGGGAACUUACGACACCCUUGAAGAAGCAGCCAAGGCUUAUGAUGCCAAAAAGCUCGAAUUUGAGGCUUUGGCUGUUGCUGCCUCUGCUUCCUCUGAUAAAACCAAUGACAUAGCAUGUUCUGCUGCUUCUUCUAACAACAACUCUAUUCCUUCUACAUCUGAAGAGUCUGAGAGCCUUUUAUCACAUACUUGGUCAUCAUCAGUGCUUGAACCGGAUUCUUCUGCAUCUGUUUUUUCAGUCUCCAAUAACAAUGGUGAUUGUGAGGAUGCCAACAAAGAAGGGUUUGAUGCAAACUUUGCCAAUUUAACAAUACCCGAUUUCUGUUUCAUUGAUGAUCCAUUGCUGUCUGGUUCAGUUGGACUAGAACUUAACUUUGAUGCAGAGCCUGCUGAUUAUCUGUUCGUCAAUGAUUUUGGGAUGAUGUUGAAGGACUAUUGCAGCAUUGAAGACCUCAGUAUUUGUGGGAUCGAAGCCGAUGAGCCAAGUGAGCUACCUGAUUGUGAUUUCAGCAUUGACGGCUUUCAUUUUGGCGAAGAAGUAGCCUCCCUCAACAUUGCCUGCUCAUAAGUUUUGCAGUUAGGAAUUAGUAGUAUAAAUAUAAUAUUAUAAAGCCUCAUUAUUUAAAGCUUUUGAUUAAUAUCGAAGGUAGAACAGAUCUCAGGGACUUUCCAAGUGACUUCUUGGGUUAGUGCUUUUUGUGAGUGGGUUUAAUUUAUUUGUUUGCUGAGUUAAAAGAGUAAUGAGCCCUCUUCAUCUGGGGGAUGAAAAAUCCUUUGGUUUUUCUUGAGCUACAGAGCCGUCCAAGGGAUUCGGCUGUCUGAGAAAAG